UUCUCCAAAAAUUUCACUCUUUGGAGACGAAACCUCGGGAUGGCGUUGUAUGAAAUAGGUGGUCCCCUAUUUUUUUGUUUUUUGCUUCUUGUACUGAGGUCAAAGUUCCAAAUGACUGAACAAGAAUUAAAAAUUUAUGAACCAUUCAAGCCAAACCCGGGGACACUUUGCUCCAGCUAUGGCAACAAAACCCAAAUCUCUGUUGCAUAUUCUCCAACAAGCCCAUUAUUGGAAAAUACGGUAAAAAACGUCUGCCCAAAUGUUGGUGUCAUUAAAAGUUAUAAAACUGCGAAAGAACUGAACGCUGCAAUUGAGGAAAAGAAAUUCUCGUUUGCAUUACAAAUGGAUGAUAAGUUGUUGGGAGUUGAUAAAAUCAACGACCUUCCUGGUAAUAUCGAAAUUUAUUUGAGACUACCAUCAGAAGACCACAAAACUAGUCAAAAAGACGAAUGGUUUACUAAUUUGUUAUACCCUGUAGUCCAAGUAGGUCCUAGGUCUUUUGGAGAGGCAAAUGGUGGUGAGCCAGGAUAUGGAAAAAGAGGUUUCCUUUAUUUGCAACAAACUGUAACGUUUUCUUUUAUAAACUUGGCGGAAAAUAGUACACAAAAUCUUGAUAUACUAUUGAACAGAUUUCCUAAUCCGGCAUGGAAGGAAAACGCAGUAAAUUUAAAACUUAUCCAAGUUGUUUCCGCAUUGUUUAUAGUAAUGGCUUUUAUGAUAAAUGUCAAUAAUAUUGUUACUCAAGUUGCAACAGAGAAAGAAACACAACUCAAAGAAUAUAUGAAAAUCAUGGGUCUGUCUGCUUGGAUACAUUGGCUAUCAUGGUUAUUUUGGAGUCUUUUUGUGCUAACAUUGGUAAUUAUUAUCUUGGUUAUUGCUCUUAAAGUGAAGAUUAUGUCCAGAGCGGUGUUUGUAUACACAGAUGUUACAGUUUUAUUCACACUUUUGGUACUUUAUGGAUGUAGCCUUAUCACUUUCUGUUUUCUAGUAUGUUCAAUUUUUCAAAAAGCAAUUAUUGCUACCAUUGUUGCUGUAAUUGUAAUGCUUGCUGCAUGUAUGGCACCGAAUUUGUUGCUGGAAAAGAACGACAUUAUACCACAAAGCACAAAAAUUGCAAUGAGCUUAUUAUCACCAUCUGCAGCGUUUUUUGGUCUAAUAAUCAUGUUUCAGUUUGAAGCAAAAGAAGAAGGGAGUCAUUGGAGUAAUUUGUUUCAAAGCACGAUACCAGAUGAUUUAACAGUUGGUGCAGUUUUCCUAAUAUUGAUAUUCGACACAAUCUUAUAUAUGCUUUUUGCUCUUUACUUUGAAGCAAUAAUCCCGGGAGAAUUUUCGAUUGCAAAACCCUGGAAUUUCCCUUUCACACGGAGCUUUUGGUGUGGCACACCUCCCCAGGAACAAAGUGCACAAGAGUCGACUCAAGCAAAAGGAGAACAGUUUGAAGAGUUUACUGAAAAACUUCCAAUUGGAAUACGAAUAAAAAAUCUGUCAAAAACUUUCGGACAACACACAGCAGUUAAAAACUUGAAUUUGGAUAUGUACGAAGGACACAUCACGGUGUUGUUGGGUCAUAACGGUGCUGGAAAAACAACAGCAAUGUCUAUGAUUUGCGGGAUCAUCCCACCCACCAAUGGGACAGUCAUGGUAAAUGGUUACGAUGUAAGAACCAAUAUACAAAAUGUCCGCGAAAGUAUGGGAAUGUGUCUUCAACAUAACAUUUUAUUUGAUAAUUUAAGUGUUGAAGAACACUUGUGUUUCUUUUGUAAACUGAAAGGAACAAAGAGCGAACAAAUCACGAAGGAAGUAGAUGACUAUCUCAAAAUCUUGGAGAUAGAAAAUAAGAGAAGAGCUUGUUCCAAGACACUAUCUGGAGGUAUGAAAAGAAAACUAAGUGUCGCAAUAGCACUUUGUGGAAAAUCCAAAGUGGUGAUACUUGAUGAACCAACAGCGGGAAUGGACCCCUCUGCUAGAAGAACAGUCUGGGCUUUGCUUCAGAAACAAAAGAGUGGACGAACCAUUCUACUAACAACACACUACAUGGACGAAGCUGAUGUGUUAGGUGAUCGAAUUGCGAUAAUGUCAUUUGGAGAAUUGCAAUGUUGCGGAAGUAGCUUUUUCCUGAAGAAGAAGUUCGGUUCCGGUUAUUCCCUAAUUGUGGAAGUUACACCAAAAUGUCAACCGAGAUAUGUUACUGAUCUGUUGAGAAAAUACAUACCAUAUAUGGAAAUCCACGCCCAAAUGGGGUCCGAACUCACUUACAUAUUACCUGAUCGGGAAUCGCAAAAAUUUGAAGCUUUGUUAUACGACUUGGAACACCAAAAAGCCAGUUUGGGGGUCGAAAAUUUUGGCAUUUCGUUGGCCUCUCUAGAGGAAAUUUUUUUAAAAGUUGGAGCAGAUCAAAAUUCAGAAAUGUUCAACACAAAUCAAUCAAAGAAAGAGAUAACUCAUGUGAGCGGUUUUGGUUUAUUGCGAAAUCAAAUUGUGGCAAUGAUCCUGAAGAAAGAAUUAUCGAUUUUUAGAUCGUGGAUCUUGUUUUUAUUCCAAAUACUCUUGCCCAUACUAGUUUUAGUUUGUUAUAUUUUUCUCUUUGGUAGUAACCCAAAUGAAACCUCAUACUCUUCUCGGAAGAUAGCUUUAAGCUCUUACAAAAAUCCAAUAACAUUACUUGAAAACACAAACUCGAUGGCUGAAACUUAUGUAAAAGUGCUUAAAGGACAUCAAGUGAAAACAGUAGAUAAUAUCACUGCGAAAAUCCUCAACUUGGAACCAUCAACUGUAAAAGAAAGUUAUAUCGUAGCCGCAUCUUUCAACGAUACCACUGCCACAGCUUGGUUUAAUGGUGAUCCUUAUCAUGCAACCCCCUUGUCACUUAGUCUUGUUUUAAACACGUUGUACAAGACAAGUCUUGGUGAGGACAAAUCUAUUACGUUUUAUAACCAUCCUCUACCUCUCAGUGAUGAUGCGAAGAUUACAGCUACAGAAAAUAAACCGUCAUCGUCAUCAGUAGAAAUGGGACUGAUAUUUGGAUUAGGGAUUGUUGUUAGCACUUAUAUUCUGUUUUACAUUCGAGAGCGUGUUUGCAAAUGCAAACAUUUACAGAUGAUUUCAGGAGUGAACGUUUUUGUCUUCUGGAGCACUGCUUUCUUGUGUGAUGUGAUAUUUUAUCUCAUGACAAUUAUUUUUCUCCUCAUUAUAUUAAUAGAAUCACCAUUGAGUAGUCUACAAGCGUCAGAAAUCGGUAUAGUCCUUUUGUUGUUUGUGUGUUUUUGUUUUUUUGUUUUACCUUUUAUUUACUUAAUGUCCUACUGCUUUAAAUUGCCAGCUAUAGGAUGUGUCACAAUGGUCUCAAUUGGUUUGCUCAUGGGAUUUCUACCACCAAUGAUUACGAAUUUUUUAAAGUUAUUUGGUGCAUCAAAAUCAACGAUGUCUUUUAUGCAUUGGGUGUUUGCUUUUAUUCCUUACACUGCUCUUUCCCAUGGCAUUUCUGAUGUGGUUCAUAUCAGACAUUUGAGAAAUCUUUGUUUAAAAAAUAACGUAAAUGCUGAAAAAGCUUGUUCGCUUAAUAAAAUUUGUUGCGACCUCGACUACUAUUCGUUAGAAGCCCCCGGAAUUGGGCUACUAGUAAUAAUAUCAUUUACUAUGUCGUUUGUUAUCUUCACGGUAAUUUUUUUGAUUGAAUUUGGUGUUUUGGGUUGUUUAGUUGGCAAAAUAAUACAUUUCGGGAAGCGUCCCAAUCGGGCUGUAAUUCUUGAAAAUGAUGUGCAAAGCGAAAACGAGAAAAUUCGAAGAAAGUCUGAGGAGGAUUUGAAGAGUGAAUACUCUGUGGUGCUUCGCGACCUCACCAAAUACUACGGAGUGAGGUUUCUUGCGGUGAAUGACCUCUGUUUGGGGCUAAAACCGUACGAAUGCUUCGGAUUGUUGGGCGUGAAUGGUGCUGGCAAAACCACCACUUUCCAAAUGCUAACCGGUGAUGCUAGAAUCACGUAUGGCAAUGCGUGGGUUGAGGGAUUGAGCGUGAAAACCCAACAAAAACAAGUGCAGAAGUUUAUCGGUUAUUGCCCCCAAUUUGACGCCGUUUUGGACGACCUCACGGUCAAAGAAACCUUGCUGGUGUUCGGCCUCAUCAGAGGAGUCCCAUUCAACGAGAGCAUCCCUCUCGCUGAAACUCUUGCCCAUGAUUUGGACUUUUUCAAACAUAUUGAUAAAAAAGUGAAGCAGUUGAGUGGCGGUAAUAAGAGGAAAUUGAGCACGGCGCUUGCCCUGAUUGGGGACCCCCCGGUGAUUUUUCUCGACGAACCCAGCGCUGGGAUGGAUCCAGCCACGAAGAGAAACCUCUGGAACGGUCUUGCAAAGUUGAGGGAGAGUGGAAAAUGCAUCGUUUUGACAUCGCACAGUAUGGAAGAAUGCGAGGCUUUGUGCACGAAAAUCGCGAUUAUGGUUAAUGGGACUUUCCAGUGUUUGGGGUCCACUCAGCGACUGAAAAGUAAAUUUGCGCAAGGAUUCACGCUUUCAAUCAAAAUUAAAAAAUAUGACGAUAAAACGCCCAUUGAUGACCAAAUCAAAACCAUCGAUCAUUUCAUUCAAAGAUAUUUUCCCGGAUCGGAACUGAAAGAGAGGUAUCAAGAGCUAGUGACCUACAAAUUGGUUAGUGAUAGAAUGUCUUUGUCGCAAAUGUUUGGACUUAUAGAAGGAUCGAAGCGACAACUUAGUAUCGAAGAUUAUUCUUUGGGGCAGUGCAGUCUCGAACAGGUGUUCCUAAGCUUUGCCAAAAAUCAAAAGGAGUAACUUUCAUCUUGAGAGUGCAAUUUGCAAAAUCUAUUAUGUUAUUUGUAGCAAAAUUAAAAUUAUCAAUGAUAAACACAAAUAC